AUGGGCACAUCAAUAUGGCUGUUCCGUAGGAAUGGACGUUUCUACCGUUUUUGACCCUGCUUGCACUUGUACAUCGGGUGUAGAUUGCAUCGAUAACUAGCUGGAGAGGCUCUUCCCGGGAUUAAAAACGGUGGUAACGUCAAACAGCCAUAUUGAUGUAGCGAUAAACAUUACUUCUGAGUAUAGUUAUUACUUUCAUCUCUUCUAGUGAUUUUCUAACUAGUUACUUUGCUUGUUUUUAAAAAUUAAAUCUUUUAUGGACCCUCGUUGGAAACUUUAACCUGUUGCAAGUCAAUACUUUACAUAUAAGUAGGGACGAGAUUCCAGAAGUUGGUUAGAUGCUCUGGGAUGGAUAAACUGUAGAAUAGAAAACUUUUUUCGUUUUAUUUCAGAUCAAGGUUAAGUUCUGAGACAUUACCAAGAGCGAUGGAAGGGUCAUAUUCUUUAUUUCUUCCGUCGAAGCAGAAGAAAUACAAUUAAUCGUUCGUUUAAUUUCUCAUAUUCAGUGUUCAUUACUCACUUACCUCCCUUGAUAUUAAUUGCACGCACGUUGUCUUGCUGGAGGUUAUCGGACCGAUUGUUUAUUAUAUUCUUGAGGACUGUCACGUUAAGUUGACAGUAUACAACCACUCUAUUGAAUAAUUAUUUUUUAUUAUUAUAUUCUUGAUUAUUGAAUAAUUUGUAAUUAUUUCUCAUGCCUGACAUGUUAAUGGUUCAUGGUUUGGCUUUGCUUGUUUACACGGAGGACAUGAUCGAAACGAAAUUUGAAAACCAAUCAAUUAUUUGAACCAUUUUCUUUGGUGGAGAGAAAGAUGUUUUCCAGAACAUUUCAAAAAUGGGCCUUGCUAAAAACUCUUGGACCAUACCAGAUCUUUGCUCAAAGUGGUCGAUGUUUCCAUCUAUGUCAUAAACAUAUGUCACAUCUCUACUAUGUGAAACCAUCUUGUUUUCAAUUACUUACUGGACUCAAUAACAAGCUAUCAUUUGUUUAUAGACAAAGGAAUUUUUCUUCUCUUGAAGACUAUCAAGAGACUGAUGAUGACACAGAUGAAGAUAUUGGUCACUACAAACCCAGAAAAUUAAAUGGAAGCAGUCGUCUUUUUGAAUUCAAAGAACAAGUUGAUUCUAAAUCCAUAACAAAAAUGACAUCAGAAGACUGGAAUAAAUUAGAAAAGGAGCUUCUUGAAGACAACGCUAACCUGAAAAUAUCCUGGGAAGCUUGCUGUAUGAGUUUGAUUAAUAGCAGUAAGUUAGUUGAACUUGGUAUAUCUCUUGCUGAUUAUUUAAAGAGUCAAGGUCGAUCACUUAAUAUUGCUACUAUUUCAGUGUUUAUGAUGUUACUUAGCUGCAGGGCAUCACCUGAAGACCAGAAGACUAUAUUGCAAUUAUAUCAACAGUUGUUAGACUCCACUGGUGGACUGUUAGAUUGCCAGACUAUUAAAUAUGUUAUAAAUGGAUUAUGUUGUACAGAUAGUUGGAAGGAUUGCUUUCAGCUGUUGUCCACAUUAGAGUUAACUCAACCAACACUGCCCAAACAUUACACUCCUAUCAUUCUUGCUGCAAUACGCUGUGCAGAUAUUGACUCUUGCAUACUUCUGUUGCAUAAAGUAGGUUCAAAAGGUUUAUCACCAACAGAAAAAGUAUAUCUAUCCUUUUUGGACUUGUGUCAAAGUAACAGUAAGUUUUCUGUUGAUGAUCUGUUUCACCUGAUGCACAAAUACAGGUGGUUACCCAACAAAGAUGUCUUGCUUGCAAUUAUAAAAUAUUUAAAAAGAGAUGGAAACCGAGAACGCUGGUCUGAAGCAUGGAUCAAAUUAGACAAAAGAGGAAUAUGUCCAAAUUGUAAUACAGCCAUAGAUAAAUUGGAUAUACCAUUUUCACAGUUCCAAAAGCUGCGUCGUGUAUUUUUUGAAAAAGUUCUGAUUGGAAAGGACCUUUACCAAAAUACAAAUCCGGCAGAACUUGAAAGUUUCAAAUUAUUUGUUGAAGAAAAAGCGCCUUUUGAUGUAGUUUUUGAUUCUUUAAAUGUUUCCCUCAAAAUGGGUCAGAUGAGGAAUAAGUCUUUUCAGUUACGGAAAGCAGUUGAAUAUUUUGCUUUGAUUAAAAAAAUGAAAGUUUUGGUUGUUGGUCGAAAGUAUAUGUUGAAAUGGCCUGAAAGAGACAUAAAAAUUAUUAAAAAGUUGGCUUCCUGCUUCUUCAUUGAAAAUAUAUCUGAAGACGAUCCUUAUCUUAUCUACGCUACACUCUACAGUGGUCCUAGGUCAGUAUUUGUUUCAUCUGAUGAAAUGCGAGACCAUAAAUUUUCUUUAGGAGAAGAGUAUGGUGAGCUCUUUCGUCGAUGGCAGUACAGUCACCAAGUGCAGUUAUAUAAAGUGAAACAAAAUGGUCACAUUAUAUUUCAGUGGCCACGUAAAGAAGAUAUACGUGCUCAGAGGUGUAACCAUGGUUGGCAUAUCCCUUUUGAAAAUGAAGAGCCAAGGCCCACUUGGCAAGACCCUAGUUCAUGGUUAUGUCUUCAAAAAAAAUCAACUUCUUAUUCAAGAAGAAGUAAAACAUUAAAGUUUUAGAAAAAUUUCUUUUUAUGUACAUUAAAGACUGAGCCACAAUAUAACUAAAUAUAUAUAAUCCAU